AUGGAUGUGAAGGAAAUUGAUUCAAAAUUGUUCACUCCCGGACCAUUAACAACCAGUAUGACGGUUAAACAAGCAAUGUUACAUGAUCUUGGUUCUCGUGAUACAGUUUUUAUAAAUAUUGUUGCACAUAUUCGUCAAAAAUUACUUGAGAUUGCUGAUGCUUCAUCUGAUGAUUAUACAGCCGUAUUAAUUCAAGGAAGUGGUACUUAUGCAGUUGAAGCAACAUUUUCUACAUCUGUUCCACAAAAAAAUGCAAAAGUUCUGAUUAUAGAGAAUGGUGCUUAUGGUCAACGAAUGAUAAAAAUGUGUGAUAUUUUACACAUUGACUACGAUACACUUUCAUUUUCUGAAACAGAACAGGUUAAUUGUAAAUCUGUCGAAGAAAAAUUAAAAUCAACCAAAUACACACAUGUAGCUGUUGUUCAUUGUGAAACAAGUUCAGGAAUAUUAAAUCCAAUUGAGCAAAUUGCAGCACUUGUUCAACAAUAUGGAUCAGAUAAUACCGCUUUCAUUGUUGAUUCAAUGAGCGCUUUUGGUGCCAUACCAGUCAGUCUUAAAAAUGGUCUUAUUACGUUCCUCAUUAGUUCAGCGAACAAAUGUAUUGAAGGAAUACCAGGUUUUGCAUUUGUUAUUUGUAAAAGAGCUUAUUUACUGAAAUGUCAAGGUAAUUCUCGUAGUCUGGCUCUUGAUUUAUACGAUCAGUAUCAAUAUAUGGAGAAAAGCAGACAAUUUCGGUUUACGCCACCAACCCAUGCGAUCAUAGCAUUCAAACAAGCCCUAGACGAACUUGAAGAAGAAGGUCAAUUAAUUUAUCCUGGUAAAACAACCGUCACCGAUUGUUUUCGCAUUGGAAAUAUUGGUCGUUUAUAUUCGACAGAUAUGGAAAUAUUAGCAAAAUGCAUUAAAGAUGUUUGUGUUGAAAUGAAUAUUGAUUUGCCAUUGAAAAAUGUAGACUAA